UGUUUCACUCUGAUAAUACGCCAUUUUGUGUGUGCAAGCAUGCUUGACUAGCACCGUGCGCUCUGCAAGCAGCCCAAAGGCAGUCAGUGUGCAUGGUGCUGUGAGAAUGGAGAGAAUGUCUCAUUCAGAUUUCCUCUGAAAGUACUUUCUUCAGAAGGCUGUGUAUUUACAAAUACAUAUGCUCUUGCACUGCAAAGUGCACAGAUGUAACUGUGGAAGCCCCUGUGUGGAUCCAUCUGGAAGAAGGGAAGUGCACAGAUGAUAAGAAUUGGAAUCUGCUUCCAUUUUCCUUAUGCUGUGACUUCUGAACUGAAGUCUUGUUCACUGUGUUUUCUAAUGUUAUCUAAAUUUUAUUAGGGCAGAUUUACUUUAUAGAACAGUUGUUUGUUGUUUUUUUGUUUGUUUGUUUGUUUGUUUUAAUCUCUGAUUAACAUCUAAUUUGUGCCAUUUCUAUCAUCUCAAAGUUCACUCAACUUUUAUUAAUAGUGCAGACACAAACUGAAAGGCAUUUAGCUAUGGUCAUGUUUGAACAUAGGCUGAUCUGAAAGCAAUGCCCCUAUUUUAUUGUUUUGGCCCAUGAUAUCAGAUGUGGGUGUUGGUGGUUUGGCAGCAGAGGGGCUCACAAAAUGGCAUCUGACAUGAAAGUGCAUGUGAAGCAAAGAUGUGUCACUGAAUUCCUUCCUCCACACAGAAAAAAAAGGCACCCAUUGACAUGCAUUGACUCUUGCUGAACAGAUAUGGAGACUAAACUAUGGAUGUGAGCACAGUGAGGCAGUGAUGGUAGGUUUCAGCAGUGGCAACAGUGACAGUGGGUCACCUCCACUGGUGCAGAAUUUACGACCAUGGCAUGCUUGUUGAUUGCUGGCCAAAAGGCAUAGCUAAUGGUGGUGACUAUUGACAAACAGUAUUCUGUAGUUGAAAAUUUGCUCUAUCAAACAGUGUUAUUGUGUUCUUUGCUGUAGAUUCCAUGGAAUUUAAUAGGAGGCAUUACUUAUCUCACUGUGGUUUUGAAAUGACGAUUCUGCUGGGUAUAAACACUCUUUGAAGCCAUAGCUUCUCUAGAACCACUUCCUAAAAAAUAGAGCAUUCAGACAAUAUCUGGCAGAAUAUGAAAUAGCAAUCAGGAAAAACACUUCUGAAGGAAAUCACUCCAUUGUUUUUACUGUCUGAAGGUGGUUUUAUUCCUUAGCAUUUGAUGUGCUGUAAUAUGAAAGACAUGAAGACCACAAGUACAGUGUGUAGUGUUUACUAUGAAGUAUGAUAUGUCUGCGUGAACACUCUCUUCAUCAUACUAUUAAUUAAGGUCCCAUAAGCAGCAUUCUGGUGAAUAAAUAUGGUAGCCGACCAGUGAUGAUAGCAGGGGGUAUUCUGUGUUCAUUUGGCAUGAUUGCUUCCUCUUUCUGCAAUAGCGUUCUGGAGCUAUAUAUAUGUAUUGGUGUUGUUGGAGGUCUGGGUUUGGCAUUCAAUUUACAGCCUGCCUUAACAAUGAUCGGCAAGUAUUUCUAUAAGAAGCGUCCCAUUGCUAAUGGAUUGGCCAUGGCUGGAAGUCCAGUGUUUCUGAGCACAUUGGCACCUCUCAAUCAAUUCCUUUUUAAUGCAUUUGGUUGGAAAGGAAGCUUUCUCAUUCUGGGAGGACUACUUUUGAACUGCUGUGUGGCUGGGUCACUUAUGAGGCCUGUUGGACCAAAACCAGUCCCUCCUGUGAAAAAAGAUGUUGAAAAAGGCACAGGAGAUUCUAGCCUGCACAAAAACAACAAGAAGUCUUUUUGGCAAACUAUUAAUAAAUACCUAGACCUAUCCCUCUUCAAACACAGAGGGUUUCUGAUCUAUUUGUCAGGAAAUGUUAUUAUGUUUAUUGGUUUCUUUGCUCCAAUAGUUUUUUUGGCUCCUUAUGCCAAACACAAGGGAAUUGAUGAAUAUUCUGCUGCUUUUUUACUAUCCAUUUUAGCCUUUGUAGAUAUGUUUGCUAGGCCUUCAAUGGGACUUGUAGCAAACUCUAAAUUUAUCCGUCCAAAGAUCCAGUACUUUUUUAGUUUUGCUGUCUUCUACAAUGGAGUCUGUCAUAUCUUAUGUCCUCUGGCAACAAAUUACACUGGCUUGGUGAUAUAUGCUGUAUUUUUUGGGUUUGCAUUUGGAAUGGUUAGCAGUGUACUUUUUGAGACUCUGAUGGACCUUGUUGGUGCUGCCAGAUUUUCCAGUGCAGUUGGACUGGUCACCAUCGUGGAAUGCUGCCCUGUGCUCAUAGGCCCUCCUCUAGGAGGUUGGUUAGUGGAUGUUACUGGUGAAUAUCAAUACAUGUAUUUUGUCUGUGGAGUGAUUGUGAUUGUGGCCAGCAUCUGGUUGUUCAUUGGCAAUGCUAUUAACUACAGGCUAUUGGCAAAAGAAAAAAAGUUAGAAGAUGAGAAACAGAAAGCACAGAAGAACACUGACUUGAAGGAGGCAGAACCACUAACAAACAACGAGAAUGAAGAUGCUGCUAGCAGAGCUGACAGAACUCUUGAAGAUCCUUCAGAAAGAGAAACCAAUAUUUAAUCUGCUAUGUAGCCCAGAAGACAACACUUACGACUUCCAUUUGAAAUAUGCCUUCAAGACACAAGCCAGGUUUUGUGUUAAUAAUGAUCAGUUACAAUAUUGGAUGGGAACAGAUUUUUGCCCCAUGUCAAGACUCCGAGUUAAAUUACAAUCUACUGUUUAUUUAUUUCAGUGAUACAAAAUUGAAGUUACAGAGGUAGUGGUUCCAUAAAUAAGCCCAUCCAAACUAUGACUCUGGACAGUGAAGAGUCAAGAAAACUAGGUGUAAAGCCUUCACAUGACAAAGUUUUCUUUCAAAAAUACAUCUAAUGCAAAAGCGUCUGUUGCUGUUAUAUGGGGAGAUAUUUUGUGUUCUUUAAUAGAGUACUGUUAAUGUCUGUUGAAUUAAUGUGCCCAAACUGUAUUUACUACUAAUAUAUUAAAAAAAAAAAUACGAGCUCAAAGGUUUGUUUCAAAAUUACCUGAAUGAAGCACAAUGAAAAUUUUUUCUCAUUUAUAUGCCCACUAGAUCAAAAUAUUCAUUAUAUCUAUGUAAACAAUUACAAUAGGAAUGUAGAAGUUCAGGUUGGAAGACACACAAUUGGUGGGCACAAUUUAUAAAAUGCAAUAAACAGCAGAGGUUGUUUCCUCCUGUAAUAGGUGGCUAUGUUAUAAACUUCAACAGACGCAUUUGUACACAAGUACAUUCAGACCUCACUAAUUCAAAAUAAGCUAAAUGAAAAUAUUCUAAAUUAGAAUUUAUACUGCUAACAAAAGUGGAAAUCAGUUUGUUCACUUGCUUCAUGGCAAUGACAUCAGCGUGGAUGCUUGAGUUAAUUGGCAAGUCGUUAACUGGUUGAUGACAAGAUGUAAGGUCUAACUUCAGGUCCUUGAGGGCAGGUAACUUCAUACCAGUUCUCAUCUCCCCUUCCCAUGUAUUUAGUGAAAAGCUACUUCUAUUUCAUGUUAUUGGUUUAAUCAAAAAUGCUGCAAAGUACAUUGUCAGUACAAAUCUGGGAGCUUUGUAUUAGCGUAUCAUUUUUUGUGCAGGAUAUUUGGUCUUGUUUCACAUAGACACAUCAAUUGAAAUACACACAAUUGUUCCUUUAGAUAAAAACAAAAUAAAAUAAAAUAAAAAUUAUUAAUAAAAAA